CUCCCCGUGUUGGUUGGGAAUAUCUGGAGCAGCAUUUAAAUUCUGGCAGGUCCUGGUUGUCAGCAGCAAGAGGAGGAGGCGAGGAGUGCAGCAGCAUCUGGGACUGGACUCUCCACGGGCGAGUGGCAGCCUUCUCAGCCGGCCGCAGACCCAGGAAAAAUUGCUACCAUGAGAAUCGCAGUGAUUUGCUUCUGCCUUGUAGGCAUGGCAUACGCCCUUCCAGUUAAACACGCUGAUUCUGGCAGCUCUGAGGAAAGGCAGCUUUUCAACAAAUACCCAGAUGCUGUAGCCACUUGGCUAAAGCCUGACCCAUCUCAGAAGCAGAAUCUCCUAGCACCACAGAAUACUGUGUCCUCUGAAGAAACUGACAACUUCAAACAAGAGACUCUCCCAAGUCAGUCCAAUGAGAGCCAUGACCACACAGAUGAUGUGGAUGAUGAAGACGAUGAAGACCAUGUGGAUAGCCAGGACCACAUUGACUCAGAUGACUCAGAUGAUGCUGAUCAUACUGAUGACUCUGAUAACUCUGAUGAGUCCCACCACUCUGAUGAGUCUGAUGAACUGGUCACUGAUUUUCCCACUGACUUUCCAGGAACCCCAGUUGUCACUCCAGCUGUCCCCACAGGAGACACAAAUGAUGGCCGAGGUGAUAGUGUGGCUUAUAGGCUGAAGUCAAAAUCUAAGAAGUUCCACAGAUCUGUAGUCAAGUAUCCUGAUGCUACAGAGGAGGACCUCACAUCACAUGUGGAAAGCAAGGAGGUGGACGAUGCACGCAAGGCCGUCAAGGCUGUCUUCGUUGCGCAGGGCCUGCACGUGGCUUCUGACUGGGACAGCCCUAGGAAGGACAGUCAGGAAACAAGUCAGCUGGAUGACCACAGCACGGAAACACACAGUCUUGAACAUUCCGAAGAAUAUAAGCUGAAGGCAAAUGAUGAGAGCAAUGGGCAUGCUGAUGUGAUUGAUAGUCAGGAAAAUUCCAAAGUCAGCCACGAAUUCCAUAGCCAAGAAUUUGAUAGCCGUGAAGACAAGCUCGCCCUAGACCCUAAGAGUGAGGACCAAGACAAACACCUGAAAUUUCGCAUUUCUCAUGAAUUAGAAAGUGCAUCAUCUGAGGUCAAUUAAAAAAAUGAAAAAUACAAUUCCUUGUUUUUAAUUAAAAGAAAAAAUACAUUAUAGCGGGGUGAGAGAGGAUAUGAAAUGCUUAUUUCUCAGCUUAGUUGGUGAAUGUAUAUGUAUGUGGAUGGGAAAUAGAUAAUGUUUUUGAUCAGUAGUUUAGUGUGUGGCUUCACGGUAACACCCCUGUAAACUGAAAACUUCAGGAUUUAGUCUACGUUCUUUCCAUAUAAGAAAUGCAAACUAUCACUGCAUUUUAAUGUUUGUCAUUCUUUUAUGAGUAGAAAUUCUUAUAGAAGCAAACAAAAUGCUUUUAUACAUUCAUAAGAGAGAAGAUAAAAUUUUAUGUCACUGUAAUCUUUUGUUUUUCAAAUUAGUGUACGUUUUGUUGUGAUUAUUUUUGUGUGAAUAAAUCUCAUAUCUGGAAUGUAA